AAAAUAAAUGCCAAAUUCGUUUUCUACGUUGCUGUUUGCGUCGAAUAAGAAAAACUUGUAUUUUUGGGUUUACAUGCCCUUUAACUUAAUACUUACAAAAGAAUUUAUUAUUGGCAGACAUUUAUGGAAAGGGUCAAUUGGCCAGAGUACAUGAUGAUGUACUUACAACAUACUAGCAAUUAACCUGCAAUUAUACAGUUAAUAUUUACAACUCAUUUGCAAUACAUCGCAUGUGUAUACAAUGUCCUAAUUAUUUCUUUUAUCAUUGAUGAUCAUUCCCUUAAUUUCAUUGUUAAUGAUUAAUAACUCUACAGUGCCAUGUGUAGCUUCUAUGAUUGGUUCUUUCUCAGUUUUGAAUUUUAGUAUUUACUGCACAAGAUAACAUCCAAUCUGAUACUCAACGGGGAUCGCUAACAUGUUAAAUAUGGAAUGCUUCAUGAGGUCUCACUGUAGCUGAUUUAGUAUUAAUAAAAAUGUGUUUUUUUAAUUUUAUUUUGCAGAGUAACUGUAGCUGUCUUUCUGGAUUUGAAAAUUAUACCAGUGAUGCUGGGUGUGCACUGAUUGAUCUCUGUAAAAACAGUGGUGGAUGUGACAUGAAUGCAAACUGUACAAUGGAAGGACCAGGCGUAAAGAGGUGUAACUGUAAGGAUGGCUACAGGGGAAAUGGAACCACUUGUUAUGGGAGCAUUCUUCAGAGGGUAAAAGAACUGAACUUACAAGGUCCUGAUGGACUGAAAGGACAACUCACCACUGCCAUUGAUUUGUUGACUGGCUCAUUUAUGCAUCAAGCUCUUGCUGGAGCAGGCCCUUUCACUCUUUUCUUGAUGGUGGACAGUGCCUUUUCAAAUCUGACUCAAGAAGAGCUGAGUGAGUUGUCAGGUAAUAUAGACAUGGCCUCACAUUUUGUCAGUCGACAUCUGAUAGCUGCUGAUUUAGAUUCAACCCAAUUGAAAAAGUAUGGAAACGUCUACACACUUCAGGGAAUCAGUGCAAGCAUCUCAGAGUACCAGAACAUCAUGUAUUUCAAACUAGAUGGGCAGCCAGUGAAUGCGUCGGCACUCUUUCGCGAUUUGUUGGCUGGCAAUGGUAUAAUACAUGUGAUUGAUAAAAUAAUGUGGCAUGUUGGAGACUACCAAGAAACAAGCUCAAACUCAUCUCUUCAAGUUCUUUUGGAACAGAGCAGAUUUACAAUCUUUGAAUCACUUCUACAGUCUUCUGGAAUUGCCGCAGAGUUGAAUGCUUUGGGUGCUUCUUACACCAUUUUGGUGCCAGUUAAUUCAGCUUUUGAUAAGAUUGACAACAGUACCAUGAGAUUCUUGACCACUACAGACGAGGGAAGGAGAAAGAUGAAGUCACUCUUAAGGAACCACAUCCUUACUGGAAAGAUUGCAGUUUUAGACCUGAUAUACAGAGGCAAAGUUAUAUCUGUGGAGGGAGAGUCAUUAACUGUCCAACCUACUUCCACUGGUCAGAUUGUUGUGGAUGAGGCUUCCUUUGUUACCGAGACUAAUGUACUCACUAGUGACGGGGUUCUUCAUGUGAUUGAUAAGCUUCUUAUCCCUGAUGAUAUUGAACCUUUGCUUCCAAGAUACUGCAAUGGCAAAAAAUUUAGUAAUGGAAUUUGUUAUCGCUGCAAUGCUGUCCAGGCCAUGCCAAGGAGGGGAUGUCUCAGAGAAUAUUCACCAUCGUCCACAUUUUCAAUCUGUGUAUAUCGACUGAGUUAUCGAGGAAUUCCUAUUGGAUUGUACCGUGGUUGCAGAGCUACCACAUGCUCUGCUGAGAAACCAGAAUGCUGUGCUGGGUAUUAUGGUGCUGCCUGUCACCCUUGCCCUGGUCCAUUUGGUAAUGCUUGUAAUGGGAAUAUUAAUGGAAAGUGUCUGGAUAAAAUCAAUGGUAAUGGGAGGUGCCUGUGUCAGCCCAACUUCAAGGGAACAGCCUGUGAGCUUUGUAAAGAAGACAACAAAUUUGGCUCGUUCUGUAAUCAAACUUGCACAUGUAUGAAUGGAAUUUGUGACAGUGGCCCUCAGAAAAAUGGGACAUGUAAACCUGGAUCUUGUACCCCUGGUUUUCAUGGCACCAACUGUGACCAGCGAGAUAUUCCAUGUCCUGGAUCUGUGAGCCGCAGAUGUCAUGUGCAUGCUACUUGCAUACGAGGAGGAAAUGUUGACAGCUGCCAGUGCAAUGCUGGUUAUGAGGGUUCUGGACUACAGUGUACUGAAAUUGAUCCUUGUUCCAAACCUAACUAUGGAGGCUGCCAUCAUGAAGCUAUUUGCACCAAGACUGGACCUGGUAGUAACAACUGUUCAUGUGAUAAUGGGUUCCGUGGUGAUGGUUUUGUGUGUGUCGCAAUAGAUCCUUGCAUUGAGCAAGAUGCUGGAAAUUGCCAUAGUAAUGCAGACUGUCAGUACAUAGGCCCUGGACAGAGCAUUUGUGUGUGCAAGCCAGGUUAUACAGGAAGUGGCUCAACAUGUUCUGAGAUCAACCCCUGCUUAGUAAAUAAUGGAGGCUGCUCCCUUGACGCUAAGUGCAUGCGUACAGGCCCAGGGAAUUACAGUUGUCAUUGUAAUAGUGGCUUCAUUGGUGAUGGCUAUUUCUGUUUUGGAUCUGUUGCUACGAUCAUUUCAAGGAUCAAUCCAGGCCUAGAGAAUUUAAUUAGGCAAGGACAUAUGCUACACUACCUGUCUGAUCCAAGACAAAACCUCACAAUGUUUGCACCAUCAAUCUUAGCACUCUCACAGUUACCUGACACUGAGAAAAAAUAUUGGACUAACAGCACAGAGAGACUACAAUAUCUAAUAAGAUAUCACCUUGUGGGUCAGGUGUACUCUUUGGAGGAGCUAAAGAACUUGACAUCAUUUAACACUGAAAAUGACUUGAUGUUGAAUAUAUCUGUGCAGGGACCAAAGGUCUUUAUUGGUGGAACUGCUCAAAUUAUCCAACCAAAUGAAACUGCUGAAAAUGGAUUUGUACAUGUCAUUGACAAAGUUCUUUUACCACCUCAUAUGGCAUUUGAAAGUAGACUCCCUUCAACAUCAGAGCUUCUUAAAAACAUUUCAGAGUUUUCGGAUUUCACCAGCAUGUUACAGCACAUGAACCUGUUGUUGUCACUAGAUGCUUGUCAAGCUUGUACAGUGUUUGCUCCUACAAACACUGCUCUCAAGAAUAGGAACCUGACUUCAGAUACCUUAAAAUACCAUGUUGUGGAACAUUAUCUCACAGAGGAAAGUAUCCGAAAUGGAGAAGAAUACUCAUCUUGGCUAGGAAUGGAUUAUCUUGUUAAAAUCACGAAGCCUGGGGCAGGAAUGCUUCAGGUCAAUAGGCUUGAUGUCGUCAUCAAGGGUCGGAAAGCUAGAAGAGCAAUAGUGUAUGGCAUAGAUGGAGUGCUUGAACCAGUGCGAAGAAAUUGUGAUGAAGCAAAACCAGUGUUUCGUUUUGGUAGCUGUACAUUGUGCUCUGUAUGGGUUCCAAGAUGUCCGGCUGGUUGGACCAAAAUUGGUGUUCAGCAGGAUUCGUGCCGAAUUACAAUACUUUUUUUCACCUUCCGUGGCUGUCAGGCUUUGUGCCAACAAACCACUAUUGUUAAGAAAUGCUGUCACGGAUUCUGGGGCCAGGACUGUCAAUCUUGUCCUGGAAAUUUGACCAACCCUUGUUCCCGUCAUGGCAGUUGUGAUGACGGCAAGACUGGCACUGGUCACUGUCAGUGUGAAGCUGACUUCACUGGUACAUCGUGCGAGAAGUGUAUUGCUGGAAAAUAUGGCAGAAAUUGCACAAAUGACUGUAAAUGUGUCAAUGGCUUGUGUAAUGAAGGCAUUGAUGGCGAUGGAAGAUGUUAUUGCCAGCAUGGUUGGAAAGGACAGUUUUGCAACACCUCUGCAAAUUAUGCCAACUGUCUUCCAACCAACUGCAGUCGACAUGCCACGUAAGUUGUUGUUUAACAAAUUGACGUCAGUUUUUCAUGCGUCUGUC